AAGAAUUGAUAUCAAGUGAAAUUCUUUGAACGAUCAAAAUCAAUAAAACAACACCUGGGUUCUAAAAUUGUUGAAUCAAUAGAGAUUAAAUUUGGCAACAAUGACAACACCUAGUUAUGACUCGGAUUCCAAUAGUGCAUCAUCUAGCGAUGAUUCGCCUAUAUUAUCUAGGGAUGAUGACGUUUAUGGCGAAAUUAACAUUGAUGUAGUUGAGACAUGUGCAGUUCGCAUCCCAUUGAUAUUGUCUCCUAUGUUAAUAUGUAGUAAAGGUCCUCAUGGCGGUUCAACAAGUGGUAGACGGUAUAUAAAUCGUGAUAGGAAAGAACGUCAUGAUCUAAUUGUCAACGAUUAUUUCAAUGGUGAGAACUCAAAGUAUACACCUGAGAAAUUUCGUCGACGAUUUCGGAUGGACAUCGAAUUAUUCCAAAGUAUUUUGAGAGAAAUUGAGGCCUAUGAUGAUUAUUUUACACAAAAGGUUGAUGCGGUCGGAAAAGCCGGGUUGAGCCCUUUACAAAAAAUCAUAGCUUCAAUACGUAUGUUAGCAUAUGGUUGUGCAGCGGAUAUUCUUGACGAGUAUGUCCAAAUUGGAGAGAGCACGGCAAUUGAGAGCUUGAAACGAUUCUGCGAUGCUAUAAUUGAUAUUUUUGAAAAGCAAUAUUUACGAAAGCCAGACAAAGAUGAUGUUGCAAGACUUUUGAAAGAGGGAGAAGACCGUGGAUUUCCAGGUAUGCUUGGUAGUAUAGAUUGUAUGCAUUGGCAUUGGAAAAAUUGUCCAACAGCCUGGCACGGGACACAUACUAACGGCUUCAAAAGAGUUCCAACUCUUAUUUUGGAAAUUGUAGCUUCUAAAAAUUUGUGGAUUUGGCAUGCAUUUUUUGGAAUGGCCGGUACAAAUAAUGAUGUUAAUGUUUUAGAUAGAUCUCCCUUAUUUGAUGACCUUGUAAAUGAUAGAG